CUAUACCUUUGACUCAUAAGCUAGAGACAUGACACGAGACUUGGACAUCGGCAGAGAACGCCUUAAUAUUAGCGUGACCACGCAACAGACACCUGACACCUAAUAUUUAUCGUAGAAUGCGACCAAAGAACGAAAUAAAAAUUCGAUUUCUCCAAUCAGUUUAUCGAUUUUACACGAUCUCGGAAAUUUUAAUACGGACGAGAUAUACAUUGCAUUCUACAAAGCACGCGAAAAGGAAGUGAAAAAUGGUUUUGCUAAUUCGGCAGGGAGAACGAUAAAUUCCAGCGCUAAGUCAAGGUCGUUAAAAGAUACAUCAUUUGCACGUGAUCUAUAAUCGCGCGAUUUUACUUCGAAUCGGUAUUUUCGCGGAGCAAUGCAAAGUGCACGAGAGAAGAUGAAAAGAAAUACUAAAUGUUGCUGGGAUAAAUACAUUGGCCCAGUACACCUUCUCGAAGUUUGCUGAGCCUCGGCAAUGCUCAGGAAGCUACUAGGAUUCAUUGGGAGGAUUAUUGUUCCAUGGAAAAAAACAAAACACUAGUGUGACGUUGAUCGUUCUGCCGAAUUGGCUUCCAGCCCAUCGCUUGUGCCGCGAGCGUAGCUGUUACGCAAAAGUAAACACGAGUUAAGUGAUCGGUUAUGUGUCGCUUUUUAAGAUACCGCAAGGUGAUCUCUCAAUUCAGCGUAAUACUCCCGAAUGUCACCUGGAAUGUUCCAAACAGACUUCAACAACAACGAAGGACCAGACACGUCAUUAUCACGAUUUUCAAGUCUGAUUGUGAGUAAUAUUAAGAGGAUGGACGUCAAUUAACACUUGAUCUUCAGUUGUAACGUUGCUCACCUUGAUUAUUCAAGAGUUUCUAGUAGUUUAAAAAAGUAACUAAACAGUUUUUUAUGCAAGUCUCGAUGUAUACCUGAAAAUAUAUUUUUCCUAAGGAAUAGAGUGGAAAAAAUAACGGAGCCUAAGGUGCAACAUAUUAUACCAUGUUGCUUAUUCAACAUGUCUUGAAAGAUCAACUUUAAUCGUGAAUGUGCAGCUUACGAUCUCUUUUAUCGAUUUUAUAUCUCCUCGAAAAAUCAGUAUAUUCGAGUCAGUUUUAAAGACGGUUUUCUGCCAUUCCAAAUACAGUAAGCAGGGUUCGCAUUGGGUGCGAAUCUGGCCGAAAAUAACGUAGCAAUACGUCAAUGAGUCGAGGAGCCUGUCAAAAUAGAGCUGGACGCUCGGAGACCAUAACAAAAACAGAAAGCAAAAAGUAGAGCAAAAAGUUUUUUACCAAAGAGAAGCGGAAAAGACUAGGGCGCUACACGCAAUAGAAAAAUUCUAUUUCGAGACGAGACAACAUUAUAUUUUUGGCUAUUUCGUCACAACUGCGCUGACACGUAUCGACGUAUUCUGCGUGCUAGGAAUGCGUCCGUUGAGCGUCGAGACGUCUCAUGGAAAGUUCGGUAUGUGAAAUAAACGCGGCCUUCGUUUAUAAACUAGACUGCUGCACGUUUGCGCCGCGAAAUGCAAAACGGGAUUCCUUAGAUUGCGAGCGAAAUAUGCAAAGUAGGAUUAUUUGAACAGAGUAACGAGUGUUUCUCCUCAGCUGCUCUUUUCCUUCUUAACGGAGAAACUCAUUGACUUCGGAUAUACGCGGGAUAGCGAGUAAGGAUCUUGAAAGAGGCACGCUUAAUUUUUUUUUAUUUUUAUUCAGCAGGUCAAAACAUUUGUCAGUUCCUAUACGAUUCGAAGGUCGUGGUGCUAAGCUAUUUACAGACUUUAUUGCGGAUAUGUUACAACACAUCAAUAUUUAUCUGAAGAAUAGAUCUGUAGAAUAUUGCCUGGAGAAUUCGCACGGACCUUGAUAUUAGUGUUCUAAGAAAAUGUCUCAAUUUUUAGAUAAACAGGAAACUCGAGUGCUCGUUUCAAUGAAGAUACGCUCAAAAUUUAAUACUCAUUCUUAUAUGAAGCUCCCACGUGAUUUUCUCAGUAAUUGUUACUGCUCUGUUUACGUUUUAUAAUUUGUUGCGUCCUUUGUCAGAAGUUAUUCGACUGUGAACAUCCGACAGCAUCCCUUAAUGAUCCCGAACGCAUUGAUGCGAGUACAGAUGCGACAAGCUUUGCUCAUAUUGCGAAAAUAAAAAAAAAAUACGCAACACUCGGGGGAGAAACGUGAAGAACUGGUAGCUUAGAAAAAAAUUAAACAAUAUACGGUAGUCUAGAUAUUCGCGAAAUUAUUUGAUAGCAUCGAUUAGGUUUGAAACUUUGCAUACAAGAUCUCAUAAAAAAUUGUAUACUCUAAGAUAAUUACAAUUAAGGAACCAGGUAUCAGAGUGCGUGCCCAUUUUCUGUACAUUAUACUUUUAUGUACGCGUCUACUUGCAUGUAGAGCGUCAAUAAAUAUUUGCCGGUGAGUCGUCCGCACAGGCUAAACUGAACGGAAUGCAUUUGGGACGUGAGCGCGUAAGAGCAGGACGAGUAAGUGUCAGGUGAUAGGCUCUUUCUUUUGUCUCGAACGAAGUAAAGCCGAGAAUGGACCAAUCACAUUUGAGCUUGUACUUCGGCCAUCUUCGGCACGCCGUCGCAAUGCACUUCCGCUUCCCAUCGCGGCGGCGAAUAGCGGAGGAUACUCGCGACGUUUUCCCCGUUUCCGACGUCUCGUCGGAAUUUUACCGAAGGAAAUACGGCGUUAGAGGGAGGAUUUUUGGCGAGCCACCGUCCUUCCGGUGACUACGAACCCCAUCAUGGGAAAGGAAAAAAUUCAUAUAAAUAUUGUGGUGAUCGGUCAUGUGGAUUCUGGUAAAUCUACAACUACCGGUCACUUGAUAUACAAGUGUGGAGGCAUAGACAAGAGGACCAUAGAAAAAUUUGAGAAGGAAGCUCAAGAAAUGGGCAAAGGAUCCUUCAAGUAUGCUUGGGUCCUUGACAAGCUUAAGGCUGAACGUGAACGUGGCAUCACUAUUGAUAUUGCUCUGUGGAAGUUUGAAACAGCUAAGUACUAUGUAACCAUCAUCGAUGCCCCUGGACAUAGAGAUUUCAUAAAGAAUAUGAUCACUGGCACAAGUCAGGCUGACUGCGCUGUGCUCAUAGUGGCAGCUGGUAUAGGAGAGUUCGAGGCAGGUAUUUCUAAAAAUGGACAAACCCGUGAACAUGCAUUGCUUGCAUUCACUUUGGGUGUUAAACAGCUGAUUGUUGGAAUCAAUAAAAUGGACAUGACCGAACCACCAUAUUCUGAAAGUCGCUUUGAGGAAAUCAAAAAGGAAGUCUCCUCAUACAUCAAGAAGAUUGGGUAUAACACUGCUUCCGUAGCUUUUGUACCCAUCUCAGGUUGGCAUGGUGAUAAUAUGCUUGAGCCGUCUCCAAAAACAUCAUGGUACAAGGGCUGGAAAGUAGAGCGUAAAGAUGGCAAUGCUGAUGGAAAAACUUUGAUCGAAGCAUUGGAUGCUAUUCUUCCACCUUCUCGUCCUACAGAUAAAGCAUUGCGGCUUCCACUACAAGAUGUUUACAAGAUUGGUGGUAUUGGUACAGUGCCUGUGGGUCGUGUUGAAACUGGUAUUUUGAAGCCAGGCAUGGUGGUAACUUUUGCUCCUGCAGCCCUUACUACUGAAGUAAAAUCUGUGGAGAUGCAUCACGAAGCACUGCCUGAGGCUGUGCCUGGUGACAAUGUGGGCUUCAAUGUGAAAAACAUCUCAGUGAAGGAAUUGCGUCGUGGUUACGUAGCUGGGGAUUCAAAAAAUCAGCCACCCCGUGGAGCCGCUGAUUUCACUGCUCAGGUUAUCGUACUCAAUCAUCCCGGUCAAAUUAGCAAUGGUUACACUCCUGUUCUUGAUUGUCAUACUGCUCACAUCGCAUGCAAAUUCGCUGAGAUAAAAGAAAAAUGUGACCGUCGUACCGGAAAAACAACUGAGGAAAAUCCGAAAAGCAUUAAGAGCGGCGACGCUGCCAUAGUAAUGCUGCAACCGAGUAAGCCGAUGUGCGUUGAAGCUUUUCAGGAAUUCCCGCCUCUGGGGCGCUUCGCAGUACGCGACAUGCGUCAGACAGUCGCUGUGGGUGUCAUCAAAAGUGUGAACUUCAAAGACACCCAGGGCAAAGUAACAAAGGCCGCUGAGAAAGCUCAGAAGAAAAAGUAACCAUCAAGCUUCCUCGGAGGUCCGCAGUGCGUAGACCGGCGACCCUCGGCAAUUCCACCUACAAAUGGAGCUUAUCAGACGCCGCUGAUCGCGACUACUCCAUUUCACUCGUACUCGACUAAUGCCAAAAGUGGACAAAUGUUGUGCUUACUAUUACCCCCGGUACAUUAUCCAGUAGUCUUGAAUCCACGCAUCUAUCCCAACUUGCAUAUUCAGUUCACACACGCUCCGCGCACACCCCACAUAUGCUAGGAUUUUUACGUUUUUACUCAUAUGUAUAU